AUGUUUCCUGCUACACAAAUUGGUACCGGUGAUAAAUACACCAUAGUGAAUCAUCUAUGCGCAACGGAAUAUCUGAAUUAUGAGUCUACAAAGUUUAGCAAAUCGCGUGGUACAGGAGUUUUUGGCGAUAUGGUUGCAGAAACUGGGAUUGGUGCCGAUAUUUGGCGAUUUUACUUGUUAUACAUUCGCCCCGAAACACAAGACACUUCGUUUUCCUGGGAUGAUUUUGCAUUAAAGGUCAAUACGGAGCUUCUAAAUAAUUUGGGUAAUUUUGUGAACCGUGCAUUAAUUUUUUUAUCCAAGUACUUUGAUGGUGUAGUACCAAAUAUGUACCUCGAGGAACAGGACAAAGCAUUAUUAGCACAAAUCGCGUCUGACUUAUGCGAUUUUGAUUCGUGCUUCAGUUCGGUGAAACUUCGUGAUGGUAUCAUGAAAGUCCUUUCUAUAUCUAGGCAUGGUAAUUUAUACAUACAAUCAACACAACCUUGGGUUCUGCUCAAGGGAAACGAAAAUGACAGGAAACGAGCAGGUACUGUAAUCGGUAUAGCAGCAAAUUUAGCUUAUCUAAUUGCUGUUGUGCUUUAUCCCUAUAUGCCGUCCAUUAGUGCAAAGAUUCGGGAACAAUGUGGUCAUCCGGCACUGGCUUUGCUGCCAAGCACUCCAAUUGCUUUCUUAAAACCUGGUCAUAAAAUUGGCGAACCCAAACCGCUCUUUGUAAAGAUGGAAAAAAAUGUAAUUGAUGAUUUCAAAAAAAGAUUUGGUGGUGUCGGUGAGGCAAGAGUUGAUGAACAGAUGAAGAAAAAGGAAAUAGUAGAUAAGAAAAAAGCGAGGAACGAAGAGAAAGGUAAUAAUGGAGAAUUGAUUAAAGAUAUGGCAUCAUCGUCUCUUCAUUCGAAACUACUGGCCAAUCAAAAAAAAAUUGAUUCUUUAUUGAAAACCGCAAAUAUGAAGCUUGAACAAGGAAUAGAAAAGUUCGAAAAAGUGAAAAUGCAGGAACAGAAAGAGCAAACACUCCAGUUAAGGGCAAAAAUUGAACAAUUGAAGGCAGAAUUAAUCAAACUGGAAACAUUGGGUGGAAUAAAGCAAGUCUACAAUAUUCCAAAGUUUGAGAAGAAAUGCUUUCCUGCGGAAGAUUGCAAUGAUACAACCCCAUUGACGCAAACGGAAAAAAUGAAUAAACAGAAUGUGAAUGAAGUGAAAGCUUUACGGAGCGAAGUAAAAAAAAAUAAAAACGAAGACACAAAAAGUAAAAAAGGUGGAAGCGAAAAUAAUGGAGAUGUGAAGGUUGAUGAUGUAGUUGAUAUUGGUCGCUUGGAUUUACGAGUUGGCCGAAUUUUGAAAGCAGAAAAUCAUCCAAAUGCGGAUAGUUUAUAUGUUGAACAAAUGGAUGUUGGUGAAGAUAAACCCCGCACCGUUAUCUCUGGCCUUGUACGACACAUUCCUAUUGAACAGAUGCAAAAUCGGCUUGUGAUAUGUGUUUGCAAUUUGAAGCCAGCGAAAAUGCGUGGUAUCGAAUCGCAGGGGAUGGUUCUGUGCGCUUCUACUCCUGAAAAAGUUGAGCUAAUCGAAUUUGAUGAAAACUGCAUUCCUGGACAGCCGGUAACCUGCGAAGGAUAUAAAAGACGACCGGAUCCUAUUCUAAAUCCGAAGAAGAAGAUUUGGGAAGGUGUUGCGCCCGAUUUGAAGGUAAAUUGUGAAGGCCAAGUUGUUUAUAAAGGACAGCCAUUAUUGGUUGAUGGAGUGUCACCAUUACUAGCGCCUAGCUUGCGAAAUGUACCAGUUAAAUGA